UCGUAAAGAGGGAUGCGUUUUACCAAUUCUCCCCCUUCGUAGACGCAGCUUCCUUCGCUUUCUCAGUCUCUUCUCUUGGUAUGUUUUUCAGAUCUUCUAAUUCUUCACAUUUCGUGUUUCUUUCUCUCCUUCUUCCCGUUAAUUGCCACCGACUCCUUUUUCUUAGUGUCAAAAUCAUUGCUUUAUGCCGAUUACGUUACGUCCCAAUUUUUUUUUGUAUGCACGUUUUUUCAUAAUAGCUUCGAUCUGUCGCAAACAAGAGGUUAUUGGGUUUCUGAAAUUUUAUUUGAAUGCUGGUAAUGCCGCAUUUUAGGUUUCAGAUUGCAUGUUUCACCUAAUUCUCACCGUCUAUUGAGUCAUGGCUGUGAACUCAAUUGAUGAAGUAAUAUAGUUUUUUUUUUAAUCUUUUUUUAAGUGUGUUAUUGGUGUGAGUGACGUAAUGUCGGUUUUGCAAGAAUGUCUGAUCUUCUUUAGUAGGGUAGAUUUUUCACCAAUUGAGCUUAUUUAAGAGAAUUCAGUCUAAUUCUGCUCUUUUUGUCCUUUUGCUCUCUCUUGAUUAAAUGGGGUGUUGCAUGGCAUAAUAAAUGGGAUUGAUUUGCUGUUACGCUCGCGUGUUAGGUUUUAUUUUGCAGUUUUGUAAUUAGUCAGGUGCUGAUGUGGAGACAACUCAUUUUGGAUCUGGUUUUAUGCCCUUUAUGGAUAGUUAAUUGCAUUAGGUUUCGCCUGUCACUGAUACUUCAUAAUUGAAGUCAAGACUAGGCAAAAGUUCCGAGAAGGGUUCAUUAGUUCAUGGCCAUGGAGCACUGCGUUUCCGCGGGAUGGAAACCCACCCAAAGCCCCAUGACAGUUACAGAAAAUGUUGAUGGGUGUUUUGAUUGCAACAUCUGCUUAGAUUUUGCACAUGAGCCAGUUGUCACACUGUGUGGUCACCUAUACUGCUGGCCCUGCAUCUACCAGUGGCUCCAUGUCCAAAGUGCUUCUCUUGCACCUGAUGAACACCCACAAUGCCCUGUUUGCAAGGAUGACAUAUCUCACACCACAAUGGUUCCUCUCUAUGGCCGAGGCCAGGCCAUAGCUCACAGUGACCGUGAUGGGAAGGCAUCAUCCUACAGAGGCAUUUUUAUCCCACCAAGGCCACCUGCUUUGAGUGCUCAAUCUCUUGCGGCAACAUCAUCUCAAAGUGGUCAACAGCUUCCAUAUCGCAAUCCUUAUCAGAGUCAGCAUUUCAACCCUCCUUUGUACCAAGAAGAGGAUGAUGACACAUCAUCAUCACAAAUUCUGAAUCCUGGUGGCACCAGGGCACCUGGAUUCCCCCACCUUGUGGUGGGGAUGUUUGGAGACAUGUUUUAUACCAGAGUCUUUGGCAACUCAGAAAAUUUAUACACCUACCCAAAUUCUUAUCAUCUGGUGGGAAGUAAUAGCCCUAGGUUGAGAAGGCAAGAGAUGCAGGCAGACAAAUCAUUGAACCGGAUUUCAAUUUUUCUCUUUUGUUGCUUCCUUCUGUGUCUUAUAGUCUUCUGAGCAAGCAAUUGAGAUUAUUCUCUAUUACCCCGUUGUAUAAUUUGUAAAGAAGCACGGGGGUAGGCUUGAGAACAAGAUAGAUUGAGUAAUUGUAUGUUAGGCUUAGAGGAACUGGUGUUCUUCAACAUUUACUACAAUAUAUUAGAGUCGAUUUUUCGGAAAGUCACUCUAAUAUGACUAUCGAGAUGUUGUAUUGUAAUGCACCCUAUUCUAUGUGAUGCUGCGGUUAUACAAAAAUUGGUAACUGAAACUCUAAGAUUCACCACCUCAAUUGUUU